GUAUCUGAUCAAUCAACCCGACCGACUUCAGUUAUUUUCCUUCCCUGUAUGUAUAUUUUUUAACUAAAUCCCAAACGGGGUGCUUGCUUGAAGAUUCGCCCGCUGGUGUGCUUGGCCUUGGGUUAGGUUAUUUGGUUGUUCCCUUCACAGAGAUGAUGAUGAUGUAUAAUCUGUUUUCUCAAGCUUAAUCGUCAACUCGCUUUUCUAUAAUGUCGCGCGCGUCACAAUUUGGAGAGAGUUCGCACAUCAACGGGGCUGCGAAUUAAUUUGAAAACCCAGCCGCCUCAACUUGAGAGGUGGAACUGUGUUUUCGCCUGAGAGAGACAACACAGCUCUUUUUUCGGCGAAAACAAAUGGGGGACCGUUCCAGUAGAAGAAAAAUGCAGAAGGGCGGCGGAGAUACAACGUCGUCAGCUUCGUCUUCGUCCUCGUUCUCCACCAACUCUGACGAUGACCACCGCGUCGAAGCCUCUUCGAAGCGCUACAAGGGCCGCCACAGGCGGCGCCGCGGGGAAGGCGGCUAUGGGAGAGAGAGGGAGGAGAAGAGGACAAAGAAGAAAAGGAAGGAGAGGGAGAGAGAGAGGAAGCGCCAUAGCCGUAGCAGUCGGAGAUCGCGUCGGGAGCAGAAGAGAAAGGUCUCUGACUCCGACUCUUCCAGCGGUGAGUCCGAAUCUGCCUCCGGGUAUGAUUCGGAGCCUCGGCUUCCACCCCAACAGAUCGUACGAGGUAUAUUGAAGGAAUUCCCUGAUGUGAGUGCUGAUCUGGAGCAGCUUCUCCAAAUGAUUGAUGGUGGACAAGCUGUUGACAUAAGUGAAUUAUCUGAAAGGUCAUUGGUUAAGCAUCUGAAGAAGUUAUUUCAGUCAUUAAAUCUCGAGGAAAGCGGGAACCAUGUAUUUCUGCUGCCUACAAAUGUUCGUCCUACACUUGAGGUUGUUAUGCCAAUUAUUCGAUCUCAAACACAAUCUGAAGGGAACAGUCUUGAUACUUCAAAAGUACUUCAAGAUGCUCCGUCCGUACCACCUGAUGUAGGAUGUAAAGAUAAGGUGGAUGAUAAUGUAGCAGUGUCCUGUCCAAGAGAAGAUAUUGCAGGUCCCAAGAGGAGGGUGAUUGGGCCUGAAAUGCCUUCUGCUGAGCUGCUUGCUGCCGCGGCUAAAUUGACAGAAGCAGAAGCCGAGUUAAGGGAGGUUGAGUUGGAGGAGGAGGCUGAACUGUUCAUAGGACCUCCACCACCUGCUAUGGUUAAAGAAGCUGAAUCAGCAAAUGAGGCAGAACGAUUUGAAGAGGUUACAAGAAUUAUGGGAGUCGAGGUUGAUAGUCCAUAUGAUGUUAUUGGAGUCAAUAGAAAUAUGUCAGCUGACAACAUAAAGAAAAGGUACUGGAAACUGUCUCUUAUGGUGCACCCUGACAAAUGCUCUCACCCUCAAGCUCACCAAGCUUUUAUCAAAUUAAAUAAAGCUUUCAAAGAUUUGCAAGAUCCAAAUAAGCGAAAAACACUGGAUGAGCAAAUUAAUCUCAAGGAGGAACAGGAGAAAUUCAAGGUGGAAUUGAAGGCAAUGCGUGAGGCUGCACAAUGGAGGCACUCACAAGGCUUAUACAUGGACGGUGAUGAUGUGCUCCUGGCAGACAUUGGAACAGAAGUGGCCCCAAAAAGAGAUGAAUGGAUGACAACACUGCCUCCAGAAAGAAAACCUGGUAUGACUAUGCAUACCACAAGGUUUAGCAGGAACUCUAAAGGAGGACGCGGUGAUACGAGUGUUUGGACAGAUACGCCUGUGGAAAGAGCCCAGAAAGCAAAAAUGAAUUAUUUAGAAGCCUACAAUGAGGCCAGCGCACUCGCUUCCAAGGAACAAGCAAAGAGAAGUAUAGAUUCUGUGGCACAAUUGGUGGACGACUACAACGAAGCAAAAAGAUCAAAAUCGUUGGUAGAAAAGCACAGAGAGGCUGCUGGUGCUGGGAGUAGCUCAAAAAAGAAGUCCAAGCAGAAACAGGAGCAGGCGGCAAAAGAGGAGUGGGAGGGGCAGCAUCCUUGGAAGCCAUGGGACCGCGAGAAGGACUUGACUGCUGGGCGAAAAACAGUAAAUUUUGAUAGUGAAAACCUGGCUCAGGGUCUGUCUUCCAGAUUUUCCUCUGGUUCCUUCCAGAGGAACUUCCUUUAGAACAUGAAGACAACAAAAUGGAAGGGCUAUUUACCGCUCAUGCAUGCAUACGCACGCAGAUUACAGAAAACUGUUUUUAAGUUAUGGAUCCAACUCUUUGUCCUCUUGUGCUAGUAAAAGUAGGUUGCUAAGGAUAUAAUGUCAUGUAAUAGUUAUACUUAGUGUGAGUCUGUGAUCCAAACUACAAAUGUAGAUCACAAUGCGAAGUUUGUUAAUCUGCAUGUAUUCUACAAUCUUGUUUAAAGGGAUUUUCUACAAA